CGGAAUCAUAUACGGAAUUUGUUCGAAGAUUACACUCUAUCGAGCAUUUCGCGCCAUCUUCAACAAAACAGCAAAACAUUGGAACGGUUGAGAAAUGUGGAAUCAGGGAGGUUACAGUCAAGAUCAAGGGCAAGGUGGAUUUUCGUCCCCAGGAGGAUUUGGAACACCACAAGGUACACAGGGAGACAGGAAGAGUCGUAACAGGGCACAGAACAUACUUCCUUGCACAACUGCUGAAAUUCUCAGCGCAUCACAGAAUGACGACAAAUUUUACUCCGGAGACAUUGAAUUAGCUCAGAUAACCAUUGUUGGUUUAAUUAUUGCUGUGAAAGAGUCGCCAACAAGGAUAGAUUAUGAGGUGGAUGACAUGACAGGACCACCACUGGAAGUCAAACAGUUUGUUGAUAAUGAUGAGAGUGUUCCUGAUACAGAGAGAAUUGCGGCCUUGAGAGAGAACACGUAUGUGAGGGUUUAUGGGACAGUACGAUCGUUUGGAGGGAAGAGGAAUGUUACUGCUUUUAAAAUGGUACCAGUGAUGGACAUGAAUGAGGUCACUUACCACAUGCUAGAGGUCACUCACAGUCAUCUGGCACUGUCCAAACAAAUGGCUAAUGGCAUGUCCUCAGGAGCUCCCAUGAACAAAACAACCACAGGAGAUAUCUACCAGAAUCAGGAUAGUGGUAUGGUCAGUGGAUUGAACCAAGUCCAAAACCAGGUCCACUCCAUCAUUCAGAGCAAUGUGACAGAGGCAGGUGCCAGUAUUGAAAAUGUCUGUAAGCAGUUGAGAGGGGUUCCUGAAAGAUCUGUAAGAGAAGCCAUAGAAUUUUUGAGCAGUGAAGGUCACAUUUACUCCACAAUAGAUGAAGACCAUUACAAGGCAACAGACAGCUGAGCUGUAAAUUUUCAUUAGUGGACCAUAGAAACUGAAAAAAAAAUGUUAAUGAUCCAGAUAUGGUCUCUGGAUUCUUAUUUAUAGGCUGUGCACUAUUAGCUCUGUAAAUAAUGUACAACCGUUUUACUGUAAAAUAGAAGGUACAUGUAUGCUGAUGUUAUAGUUCAUAUACUAAAUACCUUAUAGAGAUAAAAGCAAACCAUCUGGAAACAAAGAUCUCUGGAAUGUCAUGAUUUGGUAGAGUUACUUUUCUUGAAGAGAUACUAAUGUGCUAUUUUGUUUUCUGUAUCAGAAUAAAACUUGAAAAAGUA